UAAGACAUCAUGGAGUUCAGAGCUCUCUGUGUCAGCAUGUUGACGGCUGUGAUGAUCCUGCUGUGUGCACAUGAUCAGAAAGCUGAUGCCGAUUCUCUUCAUGUCGUUCCAAACAGAUCACAGUUCUUUGUAUAUGAGCGGGUAACUUUUCACUGUGAGCGUGUCUCUCACUAUAAUGUUGUACGAAACACAAAAAGAAAACAUAACUCAUGUAGGAGUUAUGUGAAAACAUCAACAGGAUCCUCCUGCACUAUAAAAAAUGUUUAUACAGAGGACAGUGGAGAGUACUGGUGUGAGACUGGAAGAGAGAAGAGAAGCAACAGCAUCAACAUCAGUGUCACUGCUGGUUCUGUGAUCCUGGAGAGUCCUGCUGUUCCUGUGUUGGAGGGAGAAGCUGUGACUCUGCGCUGCAGAAACAAAACAACUUCCUCCAACUUCACAGCUGAUUUCUAUAAAGAUGGACUCCACAUCAGCAGCAGCUCCACAGGAAGCAUGAGCAUCGACAGAGCUUCCAAGCUUCAUGAAGGACUUUAUAAAUGCAGCAUUUCAGGAGCUGGAGAAUCACCAGAGAGCUGGCUGAAAGUCACAGCACUGCUCUGUCUGUCAGCAAAGAUGCAAACUUCAGGAUCAACAGCUGAUCAAACAGAUGACGAUGGAUUGUCGUCUAAAGCCAUUUACUCCCUCUUAGGCCCGGGUGACACUCAAAUAGAAGACCUGGAAAGAUCCACCAGCACUCGUGUAUCUUCAUCAGGUCUCUACCAUCUUGUGGCAGAGGAUCCCUUCUAUUCUACAAUACAGAGAGCUGAAUGAAGACCUGCUCACAUCUGAGUGAAAACAAGGAUGUAACAGAGGUUACUUCAGAUGGGUUUGGUGUGCAUGAAUAUAAAUUGUUACAGCUUUUGUAGACUCAGCCACCUACAGUUCUACCCACGUGUUUUCAAAUGCUGCCACAAGCACAUGUCUGUUGUUUACAGCUUGAACUUAAACCAACUUGUUCCAUCUGCUUUGUCCUUUUGCAUGUUAAUUAACCCUGUUCAUAAGAAAAGAG